CGCCAAUAAAUUUCUUUUAUUGUUUUUAUUGCUGCCAGUCAUUUAAUUAUUUUCUUUUUAUUAUCUUGUUUCAUCAAUUUAAAAACAACAACAAAAAACAAAAUGGAAAAAAGAAUUUAUUUAUUUUCUUCAUUUUAACAAUUAAUUAAUUGGAAUUUUAAUUUUUAACUCUUUCUUUGCCUUUGCGCUUCUUUUAAAUGCGUUGGAGUUGUUGUGCCUCAUCCCAUUCUAUUUCUUCUUCUUGUUCUUCCUCUUCCGCUUCACUAAGUUCACAGGAAGAUGAAAAUUCGAGACAACAUAGCCCAAAUGCGUCACCUAGCAAUUUAAUUGCUUUGAAAGCUGUGGCCAACGGUGGAAAACGUCGUCAUCAUAAGAAAAAGAAAAAGGGGAACAAAGGGGAAAAUAAUGAUGGACUUGGGACUAAAUUGCGGACAUUGUCUGAAUCUUCUUCAACAAACACUUUUUCACCUGCCGUUAAACCCACCGAUAGCAUAAUCAGAAGACAGCCAGAAGGUAUUCUCAAGGGUACUCAUCAAAGGAUUGGUCGGCCGCCCGGUCGUGCCGUUCAAUAUGCAGAGGGCACAAAUUCAGGAAUUGACACAGCUGAAGGGCAACCAAUGCUUUCAUCACAAGGAACGAUCGACCCAGCUUCCUCCCCAACUUGUUCAUCCCCUUCUUCACCUCCAACAUCUUUCUCGUCUAAUGGCGAUCCUUCGUCGUUUAUGGCCAGACGCGCAUCUGCCACCCAAAUGGAACAAUACGGGCCUAUGUUGUUGAGACAUUGCAAAAGGGCUUUAUUGGUGCUUAAUUCUUUUUCUACUUCUACUGGAAAUAUAUUUAACAACAAACCGACAUGUUCCUCAAAUUCUAUUAAUGAUUGCCCUUUAUUUUGUAAUUUAAGGAAAGCUGGGUGGGAAAUAGAGAUCUGUACUUCACAAUCAGCUUUAGACGAAGUUCGUACUCGAAGACCUGUAAUUAUUUUAUUGGAUGGAAUUACUCAUUGUGGUAGUAGACGAAGAGAAUAUUUUGCUAAUGAAUUGUUUAGGUGGGGGGUUUUGUGUAUUGAAUAAUUUCAU